CAGAACCUACCCUUAGAUCUGGGAUCGUCCAUUGUACGAUGCAGACUGGCGCAUUCUGGCGCGUUAUGCAAAACGCGUCCGCACGCUGACGAUCUCACCUUAUUCAGAGACAUGGCAUAUCCGAGUCAGUAUUAUGCGACUUCUGAAUUGUUUUCUCCUUCCGGGACCCCUUCUUCUGAAUUUCACAAAGUUGAAUUGGCUAUCCAACAAUGAAGAAUACUUUCCUUUUUUACAUUGUUUCUGCGGGCCUAAUCUUAAGACCCUGAGGCUUUCUCCCGUCUGGUGGGAUGUCAGCAAGUGUAUCGCUAUUGCUUCGCUUGCAUCAUCAUGCCCUUCUCUCGAGGAAUUUAUAUGCCCAGACGCAGAUGAAUUUUCAAUACAUGCAAUCAGCGAGGCAAUUUUGGGCUGGAACAAGCUUCGACUGUUGCAGGUCGGUCCUAUGGACAAGCAGGCUUUGGCGCACGCAGCCUCUUUGCAAACGCUUCAAGAGUUGCAUUUCUCUGCUUCAUCAGAUCCUAGAUCCUCCAUGUUGGAAUUUUCCAUUCCCCAUGCUCUGGUAGCAAUUUCAGUCCCUAGACCUUCUUUCUUUCAAGCAUUCAUGCAAAACGCCCAUUUCUCAAUUCAACGCCUGGAAAUUCACUGCUCCCUCUACGAUGACUCCUUCCCCGAACGUUUCUUCUCUCACUUACAAGCGUGCUUGAUACAUCCCGGGGAACUCACACGGCUCGCGCUGACCGUGGACCGGAUAUCAGACGAGGAUGGUAGCAACGAAUCGAUCGUGCUCAACUCUCGCAUGUUACAGCCAGUCCUAUCAUUCAAGGGACUCGACCAUUUAGACCUUGGGCAUUCGUGCACCGCGCAUAUUGAUGAUACCUUUCUCAAGGAGAUGGCCCUGGCUUGUCCACACCUACAGGGACUCUGGUUGGGUGACCAGCAUAACUGGCUCGUUGCUCCGUUGUUGACCUUCGCUGGAGUUACAUCUCUUUUGAAAUACUGUCGCCAGUUGUCUUGUCUCGGCAUUUUCUUUGAUGCCACUUUCAAGAGUGAUACGACGUAUGUGGCCUCGGCCGACGCAGUCAGUCCAAGAAUCACAGAAUUUCUUGUUGGGGCAUCCCCCAUCGGUGAUCCUGUGAAGGUCACAGCAGUACUGUCCUUUCUAUUUCCAAGUGUAACUCACAUAAAUCAUUCCAUUCCCAAUAAAAUCCCCGUCGAGCUUCAGGAAAGGAGGGCAAAUUGGGAAACAGUAAACAUGUGGUUGGAAACAUUUGUCUCGGCCUGGAAGGAAAGUAGGCAACAAGGCUGGUUGGAGGGGAAGGCAGAGGUUAAAGAGGAUACAGUAGCGUAAAUAUCAAUUCAAUCAUUCUUUUUGUAUCUUAUAGCCAGUUCGGUGGUGUUAUAGAUCACCAGAGCCUUCGUAGAAGGGUGUUGAAUAUUCUUUAUGACUG